GAGAGAAAUAACUUUGCUAAUCAUCUUCUUGAACUUAAACCGAGGUGUAGAUUGUGUCUUAGUGACAAAUGAACGCGGAAUUUAUAUGAUGAGAAACUAGAUAAUGUAUUGUCAUAACGUUCGAUUGGAGCAGGUUUGGAAAUACUUGGAGAGUGAAACGAAAAUUAAUCGGAUAUGUUGACGUUCAUCCAAUUCAAAUGGAAUUUGAUAACACCAUUGAUAUUCUGUACUCUUUCUACAUACAUUCUGUACAAGUUUUUUUAUGCGUCCUAACUGCAAGCAGCCAACACCAACUCGCACUAAAAAUGAAGACCCGCGGCUAUUUACGCGAGAAGCAAAAUGCCAAAAGAUAGUAUGUGAAAUAUGUGAGUCUUCGCAUGCAAAGGCAUAUUGCAUGCAGUGUAAACAAUAUAUGUGCUCGUCAUGUCAUUGGUAUCAUGGCAUGUUUUUUGUCACUAGAUAUCACACGACAGUGACGCGGGAGACGUUUAACUCGUGCCAUGCAUGUAAAAACGACAAUGACAAUUUUUAUACGAAACAUCUUGCUUUGGAAUAUACAGAUAUUGCAUCGGAUUGCUGCUGUAAAUUUAUAUAUUCAAAUCAUUCAAAAACCUGCACUUCUGGUACUAUAUUCAUUGGAGCAGUAAACACAAUGCAUGACUUUUAUUUUGUUAAACGAAAAUUUUCUGUUGUUGAUAACAUUAAAACAGAAUGUAUUGUUGUUCAAAGCCGUCAACAGAAGAUUGAAAUGGCUCAGAAGAAAAUCGACGACUAUCGUUCUUGGCUACAAACUACGUGCAUAUCAGACAUGCAUUUGAACAAACUUUGGAUUAGCACUGGGGACAACCGGAUUUAUCAAUUAGACAUUCAAACUAAAACGUUGACGACAGCUUUUAUUACUGAGGGUGCAUGCUAUGGAUUUGCGUUAUUCGAUGGCGGUUUUGCGAUCAUCGUAUUAUCUAAAACGGACUAUGAUUUAUCUGAAUGGCAAAUUAAGUUGUUUACGCGAUCUGGAGUUCUUAAGGGCGAGUUGGCAGACAAAACGGAGAAGAACCUGUUGAAAACUCCGAAAUACCUGCAAUCAAAUGCUAAUGAAGACAUUUUGUAUAGCUCUGAUAGCGGAACAAACUCUGUGAUUGCAAUAAAUUCGCGUGGUCAUGUUCUUUUCGUAUUCACUUCUACUUCUAUGUUUGCACCAGGAAGUCUCGCGGUAGAUUUGGAAGGUAAUAUUUAUGUUGCCUGUGAUCAAGGUGUGUUGCAGAUUCAUAAAGACGGGGAAAAGAGCAGAUUGGUACUGAAGCUUAAGGAUAAUAAGCCUGGCGUACAAGCAGUUUUCUUUGACAGAAAACAUAAUUGUCUUGUUGUUUUAAAGGACAGUAAAACAGCUAGUGUAUUUCGCUUCGUAGAUUGCAUCAAGAACGUAUCAAACGCAUCUGAUUUCAACAAACAAGAAUGAUGUCAGAGACCGAUGUAUACUAAAUUACAACGAAUAUUUGUUUUUCCAAAACGUUAUGACUAUUCUGUAUUCCUUAAUUAUAUUUUAGAUUUUUUAUUGCAUUUAGUUUCAUAGAAGCUACUGCAACAAAGCUUUUUUCAUACAACAGUUACUGUUACCGGGGGAGAAUCGCGAUGAGUUUAUUUUUCUACUACAUGAUGCUAUGUAUCAACUUCUUUUAAAAUAAAGACUUACUAAUUGUGA